UGAAUGGAAAGUGAAAAAAUCAGUUGAGCUUAAAUUGGGAUCCAUCCUUCACUCAGAUCAUAGAAGAAAACAAAAAAGCAGGGAGAUAGAGAGAGAGAGCGAGAGACAUGACCAUGUCUACAAUACCAGAGAGUCUAAACAGCCCAGUCUCAGGAAAGAACGUGUUCAUGGAAUUUGGGCCACCAAGUCAGCAAAUGUCGCCUUCGUCUAUGAGCCACGGACAUUAUUCAAUGCACUGUUUACACUCCUCCGGACACCCGCAGCACGACAGCGCAUACAGCCCGGCUCCGUCCUUCCCCAGAUCUCUGCCUUAUCCAUACGUCAACUCGGUCGGUAGCCAUUCCUCCAGUCCGUACCUCAGCACCGUGCAGACGUACCCAAACAACUCGGCUUUGGCGCAGACCAGACUGGAGGACCCAGCGCCGGAGUCAGAGAAAAACACCGUGGUGGAAGGAGGAGAGGUUCGUUUCAACGGGAAAGGCAAAAAGAUCCGCAAACCCCGAACCAUCUACUCCAGCCUCCAGCUGCAGGCUCUGAACAGGAGGUUCCAGCAAACUCAGUAUCUGGCUCUGCCGGAGAGAGCCGAGCUCGCCGCGUCUAUGGGGCUCACGCAGACACAGGUGAAGAUCUGGUUUCAGAAUAAACGCUCCAAGUUUAAGAAACUGAUGAAGCAAGGCGGAGGAACAAUAGACGCGAACGCUUUGGCAAACGGGCGCGGACUGUCCACCGGAUCUCCAUCCUUAGCGCCCGUCUGGAACUCAACAGUCAGCGUCAAAACAUCCACACCGACCUCGUAUAUUCCCAGUUACACCUCAUGGUAUCCCACAACACACCAGGACACUAUGCAGCAGCCGCAGCUCAUGUGAACCAGCACUGCUGACACAACCCCGCCCCUCUAUCCACCAGUGGCCCAGUUCAGGGGACCCAACACAGGCCAGUCACUCUGCGGUCUUACACACACACUGGCCCUCCGCAGCCCAG